AUGUCACUUUUUCAAGAAUGUGAACAUAAUGGGAACGGGACAAUGUCUCAAGCUGAAAAGACCUCCAAAACUGGGAAUCAGAGGACUGUUGAAGCUGAUACAAUGGAACAAAAUGAUUUAAGUUCUGAUGAUGAGGGAGAAGAUACAAGCGAGCUAACUGCAAGUUCAACAAAAAAAGGAAUGAGUCUUGACAUGUAUUUUAAGGUACAUGGGAUAAAUUUGGAAGAUGAAGAAGAUGAUGAAGAUGAGGAAGAUGAGCUUGAUGAUACUGCAAAUGAUGAGGGUAAUGGAGGACAAGCUAGUAAUGAAGUUAGAAAUCCUCGUUUUAUGACUUUGCUAUAUACUAGUUGGCAUGGUGUGCCUAAAAACCUCAAAGAGGACAUGUGGGAGUAUGCCAAUCAAAAAUUCAUUCUUCCAAUAACUUCAAAGCCGUGGGUAAUGAACGGAUUUUGUCGUGCAUGGAAAAAAUACAAAGGCGAAAUAAAAAAGGAACAUUUCUUGAAGUACAACACAAAGAAAGAAAUGAUAAAGAACCGACCGUUAGAGAUCCCUGAGGUUCAAUUUUGCAAACUAAUUCGGUAUUGGAGUCUUCCGACUGUUAAGGUUGUGUCUACCAAGAAUGCUAAAAAUAGGUCAAAGCAAACAUGUCCUCACCGGAUGGGUUCGACAAAUUUUGGAAUAGUGCGCAAGCAGCUGCGCGACUCUAAAGAGAACAGUGAAGAACCAUUAAGAGUUGAAGUUUUCAUAGCAACUCGCACAAGUAAAAAAGGAAAAGAAAUUGAUGCUAAAACACAAAGCACAAUUGCUGAACUUCAAACCCGCAUAGAGGCAGGGGAAAAUGAUGAGGAUGCAUUUGUAGGAAUGUUAGGAAAGGACCAACCAGGUCGAGUUCGUUGUUUUGGGGCUUCGAUUACAAAAAGCUCUCUUAAAAAGGAUGACGCGAUUCGACAAGUCAAGGUUGAACACAACAACAAGGUUGAAUCAUUAGAGAAGAAGAUGGACGGUGUAUGUAGUUUAUUAAAGGUAUUGGUGCACCAAGUCAACCCUGGAAUGAGUGAGGAAGAGGUAGCAGCCUUAGUACAAGCUGCCCAAAAUUCUCCUUUGGAUGCCUCAAGUAGCAGACCGAGAAAUACUCCUCGCUCCUCCGAAUCAACUCAUAUUCCACCCAAAGAUACUCCAGAAGGAAUUAAUGGCUCUCAUGGUUUAUCUCAUUUUGCUUGA